CUACAGUUUAAUUCAUCUGAAAUCGAUAAUUUUUCAAAUCAUUGCAUAAACACCCUCCUUUCUGAAAACCUAAACCUAAGAACCUCUGCAAAACAACCGUCAUCUCUCUCCGUUUCUCACCCUUCUUUCGAUACCUAAACCUAAUACACUCUGCGAAGACUUCAUCGAGUUCUUUCACGCAACUUUUCGGUUCUCUGUCACGACCUAAGGGUUUGAUAUGGCGAGAAGACGUAGCAGUAGUAGCGAGUCGAGUGAAGAUGAUGUGAGGAGACGCAGUGGCAGCGAAUCUGAGGAUGACGAGAGGGAUGAGUAUAAGCGUGGUGGUAGGAGUGGUAGGAAGAGUUCUGGUCACCGCAGGGAUGAUAGUGAUAGAAGUGAUUCGGGGGAAGAGAGAAAGGGGGCUGAGAGGGAUGGUGGAAUGGGGAGUGAUAAGAAAAGUAGGAGUAGGGAGAGAAAGGAGAGGUCGGAGAGCUCAGAGGAGGAGGGUCAGAUUGUGAAUAAAAAGAGAGUUAGUGAAGAGAAUGAGAGGCUGCCGCAGGAUUAUGAUAGACGUGGAGGGAGGGAUGCUGAAGGAGAUAGCCGGGGUGAUAGGGAUUCUCGUCGAGUGAAUGGUCAGAGUGAAAGGCAAGUGGAGAAAGAAAGUCAUAGAUUGCAUCACAGCGAUAGAUGGCGCGGAGGGGAGGAAGACAAAAGUAGAAUUGUGGAUCGCCGCGGACAGCAUGAUUCAGAAGAAGAUCACAGGGAGCUGACCAGGAAAUCAGGUGGGUACAGUGAUAGGGAUAAGAGGCGAACAUUGGAAAAGGGUGGUAACAGUGACAGGGAUAGACGCUCACGUUAUGAUUCGGAGGAAGAUGAUAGGGAGUUGGCGAGGAAAUCAGAGAGGGAUAGGGAUAGGAGACGAAGAGUGGAAAGGGAUGAUGACCGGGAUAGGAGACAAAGAGCUGAAAGGGAUGAUGACAGGGAUAGGAGACAAAGAGCUGAAAGGGAUGAUGACAGGGAUAGGAGACGAAGAGCUGAAAGGGAUGAUGACAAUGAGCGCAACCACAGGGAUAAGGGUGUGAGCAAGUAUCAAGAAGAAAGUAGGAAGAAAGAGAAUGGAAAUGGGAGAACUGUUGGAGAUGCAAAUCCUCAACGACAGACAAGUAUCCCAGGAGGUAACCUGAAUGGUGAUGCAUCUAAUCUGGGCAGGAGUGGUGGUGUUUACAUUCCCCCCUUUAAGAUGGCGAUGAUGAUGAAAGAAGUUCAAGAUAAAAGUAGUGUCGAAUAUCAAAGGUUAACGUGGGAUGCUCUUAGAAAGAGCAUAAACGGGCUUGUAAAUAAGGUUAAUGCUACAAACAUAAAAAAUAUAAUUCCUGAAUUGUUUUCGGAAAACCUGAUCAGGGGAAGGGGACUUUUUUGUCGGUCAUGUAUGAAGUCACAGAUGGCAUCCCCGGGAUUUACAGAUGUUUUUGCUGCCUUGGUUGCUGUCGUUAAUACAAAGUUUCCUGAGGUGGGAGAUCUUUUGCUAAGAAGGAUUGUUUUGCAGCUUAAGAGGGCUUAUAAGAGGAAUGACAAGCCUCAAUUACUAGCAGCUGUUAAAUUUAUAGGGCAUCUGGUGAAUCAGCAAGUAGCUCAUGAGAUCAUUGCUCUUGAGUUACUAACUGUGUUACUCGAGAAACCUACUGACGAUAGUGUUGAAGUAGCAGUUGGUUUUGUGACAGAAUGUGGUUCAAUACUGCAGGAUCUCUCACCCAAGGGUCUUCAUGGUAUCUUUGAGCGUUUUCGUGGGAUUCUUCAUGAAGGAGAAAUUGACAAACGUGUUCAGUUUUUGAUUGAAGGCUUGUUUGCAAUAAGAAAAGCGAAGUUUCAGGGCUAUCCAGCUGUUCGUCCUGAGCUAGAUCUGGUGGAGCAGGAAGAUCAGUUAACUCAUGAAGUUUCCUUGGAUGAAGAGAUAAAUCCUGAGAUUUCCCUUGAUAUAUUCAAGCCAGAUCCCAAUUUCCUGGAGAAUGAAAAGCGUUAUGAAGAGUUGAAGAAAUCAAUGCUGGGUGAGGAAUCCGAGGAUGAAGAGGAAGGUGUGGAUGCUGAGUCAGAUGAUGAAGAUGAAGAAGAUGAGUCUGAUGAAGAGGAUGAAGAACAGAUGCAAAUAAAAGAUGAAACAGAGACAAAUCUUGUCAAUCUUCGAAGGACAAUAUACCUAACAAUUAUGUCUAGUGUUGAUUUUGAGGAAGCUGGUCAUAAGCUUCUGAAAAUUAAGCUUGAGCCAGGUCAAGAGAUGGAAUUGUGCAUUAUGCUUCUGGAAUGUUGCAGCCAAGAGAGAACCUAUCUCCGAUAUUAUGGUCUUCUGGGGCAGCGUUUCUGCAUGAUCAACAAAGUACACCAAGAAAAUUUUGAGAAGUGCUUUGUGCAGCAGUACUCCAUGAUUCACCGACUUGAAACAAACAAACUGCGUAAUGUGGCAAAAUUUUUUGCUCAUUUACUUGGCACAGAUGCUUUACCUUGGCAUGUUUUAUCGUAUAUACGCCUGACUGAAGAGGACACAACUUCUUCUUCACGUAUAUUUAUUAAGAUUCUCUUCCAGGAAUUAUCAGAGCAUCUUGGAAUCCGGCUGCUAAAUGAACGGUUAAACGAUCCAACUAUGCAGGAAUCUUUCGAAUCCAUAUUUCCGAAAGAUAAUCCAAAAAACACACGGUUCUGCAUUAAUUUCUUUACAUCCAUUGGUCUUGGUGGUCUUACGGAGAACCUACGUGAGUAUUUGAAGAAUAUGCCACGUCUUAUCAUGCAACAACAAAAACAAGUUUCAGAAUCUGAAUCAGAUGAUGAGUCGGAGAGUUCUGAUUCAUCUGAUUCUGGAACAGCUAGUUCAGACUCAGAUUCAAGUAGUUCUGAUGAGAGUGACAGACAGAGAAAGCGGAGGAGAAAGUGAAGUUAUUUGAUUUUUAAUUUCAUAAUUUUGCUUGUAUGGAGAUACUUUGGCGAGACAAAAUGAAUGUAAUCAAUUUUAGAAGUGGAAAAAUAUGUACUAGGAAAUGUAAUCAAAUUUUCUUUCAAUUUUUUUUUAAAGAAACCUUUUCUUAUAAAUAA